AUGCGACUCAACAUCACUGCUUCCCCNNUCCUGCUUACUGGCUUUCCGGGCAUGGAGAAGGCACACCACUGGAUCUCCAUCCCAUUAUUAGUUACCUAUAUCUCCAUACUUCUUGGCAAUGGCACUCUUCUCCUUCUCAUUAGAAAUGACCACAAUCUCCAUGAGCCCAUGUACUACUUUUUAGCUAUGUUGGCAACUACAGACCUUGGAGUGACAUUGACCACAAUGCCCACAGUGCUCCGUGUCCUGUGGUUAAAUCAUAGGGAGAUUGGUCAUGCAGCCUGCUUCUCUCAGGCCUACUUUAUCCAUACUCUUUCUAUUGUGGAGUCAGGAGUCUUACUUGCCAUGGCCUAUGAUCGUUUCAUUGCCAUCCGCAACCCCUUAAGAUAUACCUCCAUCCUUACUAACACUCAGGUAAUGAAGAUUGGUUUGGGGGUGUUGACAAGGGCUGCUCUGUCAAUUAUGCCAAUAAUUAUUCGCCUACACUGGUUUCCUUAUUGUCGGUCUCAUGUCCUCUCCCAUGCUUUCUGUCUUCACCAAGACAUCAUCAAGCUAGCCUGUGCUGACAUCACCUUUAAUCGUCUCUAUCCAGUUGUGGUUGUAUUUGCAAUGGUGCUGUUAGAUUUUCUCAUUAUCUUUUUCUCCUAUAUUUUGAUUCUUAAGACUGUCAUGAGCAUUGCUUCCAGAGAAGAAAGGGCCAAGGCCCUUAACACAUGUGUCUCCCAUAUCUGCUGCAUCCUGGUCUUCUAUGUCACUGUAGUCGGUCUGACAUUUAUUCACAGGUUUGGAAAGCAUGCUCCUCAUGUGGUCCAUAUCACAAUGAGUUAUAUAUACUUCCUUUUUCCCCCUUUUAUGAACCCUGUUAUCUACAGCAUUAAAACCAAGCAAAUUCAAAGUGGUAUCCUUCGCUUAGUCUCUCGGCCUCAUUCUAGAGUGUGA